AUGGACGCCUCCUCCCUCCGCAUCUCCAAGUUCGAUGGAACUAACUUCCACGCCUGGAAGUUCAAGAUGCGGAUGGUGCUUGAGGAGCGGAACUUAUGGGAGGUCGUCAGCGGUGAGAUCAAGGCGGAACAGUGCGAGACUCAGUUGGACCAAGCGACGUACAAGAGGAAGUCAAGAAAGGCGAUGGCAGUGAUCUGUCUAGCCAUGGAAGAUUCCCAGCUACCGUUGGUCCGGUCGGCAAGUGGUGCAUGCGACGCAUGGUCAAGGUUAGAAGACCACUUCGAGAAGAAGAGUCUUGCCAACAAGCUGUUCUUGCGCCGUCGCUUCUUCACGACAAUGAUGGAAGAAGGCGACGAUGUGCUCGAACACAUCAACAAGCUCAAGACGCUGGCGGAACAGCUAGAAGCGGUGGGGGCUCCAGUCUGCGAGGACGAUCUGGUGAUCACACUCCUCGGCAGCCUGAGUGACUCGUAUCAAUUCUUGAUCACAGCUUUGGAGUCGCGCUCAGACACUCUUAGCUGGGAGCUCGUGACGUCUCGACUACUUCAUGAAGAAAUGAAGCGGAAGGAGCAAGGAAGUAAAGGUGAUGAAGCUUCGCAAGGUCAAGCGUUCAUCACAAGGGACAAUCAGCGCAAAGGGCGACCAGUGAAGAAGUCCUGGCCGUGCCACAAUUGCGGAAAGAUUGGUCACUGGAUGGCGGAGUGCCCCUCGCGCAUCCAAGAAAACACGGAGAGACACCGGCCACAGCGUGCUCAAGACAGCGGCGACCGCUAUCGAUCACAACGUGCAAACGUCGCUCAAGAAGAAGACUCGGGCGACUACCUCUUUUCGAUCGGUGAAACGACAUCUGCGAAAUCGAGCGACAUCUGGCUGGUCGACUCCGGGGCGACGCAGCACAUGACGUGCUCCAAGAAGUUCAUGCGGAACUACAAGGGGUUUGACGCUGUGGAUGUCCAUCUCGCGGAUGAUGGAAUCGUCCAAGCAAUCGGCAGUGGGGACAUUGUCAUGUCGAUGAAGACACCCCAAGGGAUGAAGAAAGGUGUGCUCACAAACGUGUGGCACAUCCCAAAGUUAUCCAGAAACCUGUUCUCGGUCGGCCGCUUCACCAAGGAUGUCGGCCCAGUGACGUUCACGAAGGAUGGGUGCUAUGGAGAAGCGAAAGGGACCAAGUGGAAAAUUGGUGCCCGUGAAGGUAAAGGACUGUUCAAGCUGCAAAUGACUCCAGUGGCGCCGGAACAAGCAAAUGCAGCCAAGUCGUCGGGAUGUCAAGGGGGCACCAAGUCGUACCUCUGGCACCUUCGGCUUGGCCACAUAGGUCACGAUGGACUCAAUUGCAUCGUGACGAAGAACAUUGGAAUUGGCAUCGACAUAUCUUCGGUGAAGAAGUGGGACGUGUGUGAAGGUUGUGCUCUGGGAAAACAGACUCGAGUGCGCUUCCAAUCAAACACUACAGCUCGCACCUCCAAACUCCUCGAAGUGAUUCACAGCGACGUAUGCGGACCGAUGUCGAUGGCAACUUUCAGUGGAAAACGGUACUUCGUGACAUUCAUUGAUGACAAGUCAAGAUACUGUGUCGUCUAUCUGCUCAAGAGCAAAUCUGAAGUUGCGGCGAAGUUCAUGGAAUACGCUGCGAUGGCCGAAACGCAAACCGGAAAGCGCGUGAAGUACCUUCAAAGCGACAAUGGGGGUGAAUACAAGUCCGACAAGCUGGCACGAUUCUGCGCGGAACGGGGAAUACAACAAAGGUUCACACCCCCAUAUACUCCUCAGCUAAACGGAGUAGCUGAGAGAAUGAAUCGCACGCUGGUCGAGUGUGCGCGUUGCAUGAUGGAACACGCUGGAGUGGGAAAGAGCUACUGGGGUGAAGCAGUGAUGACGGCGAUGUUUCUUCGAAACCGCUGUCCAACACGUGCCAUUCACCAAGACAAGUCUCCAUAUCAAGUGUGGACGAUGAAGAAACCGAUUCUGGCCAACCUUAAAGUGUUUGGAUGCCACGCGUAUGUUCAAGUGCCUCAAGACAAACGCGCGAAGUUCGACUCCAAGUCAUCACUCUGUCGUUUCCUGGGAUACGCCGAACACCAGAAGUCAUAUCGAUUUGAGGAAGUGUCAACAGGAGCGAUCAAGAUCAGUCGCGAUGCCACAUUCAUGGAAGACAAGUUUGAUGAAGGUCCGCGCAACUACAACGAUGAGUCAAGUGCCGUUGAGUUUGAUGAUCAAGACGAGGACGAAGAAAAAGAAGAAGGUAAAACUGACGUCGACAUGGACUCGAGCGACGAUGACAACGAAGACACCAGGUCUUCGAAGAGCAACAUCAAGAGACACACGCGCACUCAAUCACUUGAGAAAGCUACCGUCAUUCCAAGUCCCAAGCGAAGAACGUACAGAGGUCCGUCGCUUGAGCAUGUGUCAGCGGCUGCAAUGGAUUUUGAAGCAGCCUACAUCGUUGAUUCAGUGGGGGAAACGCCGACUACAUUCAAGUCGGCGAUGGAAUCAAGCGACUCCGGCAAGUGGAAAGAAGCGUGUGACUCGGAGUUCGACUCGCUUCAGAGAAACGACACGUGGGAAAUCGUGCCUCUUCCGAAAGGUCGCAAGGCCAUCGGGUGCCGAUGGGUUUUUCGUGUAAAGGAGAAUCAAGAUGGCGAAUUUGAACGUUUCAAGGCAAGACUUGUGGCCAAAGGAUUCUCACAGAAAUUCGGAGUUGACUAUGAAGAAACUUUUGCACCGGUGGCCAAGUUCACAUCGAUUCGUGUGGUGCUCAGUAUGGCGGCCAAGUACGGCCUAAUGCUACAUCAGAUGGACGUCAAGACAGCGUUUCUUAACGGCUCCCUCAACGAAGACAUCUACAUGGACCAGCCGGACGGAUACCUGGAUGCAACACAGCCGGACUAUGUGUGCAAGCUAAAGAGAUCACUCUACGGCUUGAAGCAAUCGCCUCGCAUGUGGAACCAAACAAUCGAUGGGUUCAUGAUCAAGAUGGGAUUCAAGAAGUGCGAAUCGGACCACUGCAUCUACAUCAAGCGAGACGACCAAGACAUGAUUCUCGUGGUGCUCUACGUCGAUGAUCUCAUCCUGGCCAGCAGCAACAACGAACUCCUCAAGUCGACCAAGAUGGCGCUGAGAAAACGCUUCAAAAUGACGGAUCUCGGUGAGCUCGAUUAUUUCUCGGCAUGGAGAUCAAGAACGACCGUAAGACGGGAAUGGUGA